CAUACAUGAAGUGUUUACAAUUAACACCAUCCAUUGAUAGCCAGAAAAACAAAUCCUAGCUUCGGUACUCAACAAUCAACAACUGGCCGAUCAAAUGGUUUCUUUAGUCUCCUAUUCUAUCUUCUCCAAACCCCUUUCCCCAAUCUUGCCAAGAAAUGCGCCUUCUCGCCGAAAGAAGACAGCUGCUGUAGCUUGUUUGCAGCAACAAAAUCCAAAAGAUGAAAACUUGCGCCACCGGAGAGCGAUUCUUUACAUGGGUUUCGCUGCAAUCCCCCUUCUUACUUUGAGGGCCGAUUCUGUUCAAGGACUGCCUGCUGCAGUUGAAUCCGAGUCGAGGAAAGUAGAUCAGAAGCUAGAAGAAGAGUCGGGGCAGAAAAAGGCGUCUUCAAACCCGUUUCUUUCACUUCUCAAUGCACUUGGAUUUCUGGGAUCAGGUGUCCUUGCUGCUCUCUAUGCAUCACUACAGAAGGAAAAGGCCGCUGCAGAUGCAAACAUAGAAUCUCUUAAUGUCAAACUAAAGGAAAAGGCAGCUGCUAUUGCUUCUCUGGAGAAGACAUUCGAGUCUGAGAUAUUGAAUGAGAAAGAAGCGCGAAAGAAGGCACUCGCUGAAGCAAAUGAGGAGAAGCAGUCCUUAGUUAAUCAGUUGGAUGUUGCAAAUGGUACAAUUAGUGGUCUUGGAAAGGAUCUACAAAGAGAAAAGAAGUUGGUUGAAGAUAAGAGAUACGAGGCUGAGCGCCUUGAAGCCAGCCUCCGUGAAGCAGGCAACGAGAAAAGAGAACUGCAAGACCAGCUGAAGGAAAAACUUGAGUCCCUAGCUGUCUUGCAGGAUAAGAUAAACUUACUCUCUUCAGAGGUCAAGGAGAAGGAAGAAAAUCUGGCCAGCGUUAAUUCUAAACUUAUCGAAAAAGAAAGAGAGUUGGAACAACUGAGCUCUGUUUAUAAGCAAGCUCAGGAUCAGAUAAGCGGUUUAAAUUCAGAGAUUCGAAACCUGAAAGAUGAGAUUUUGGAGAAGGAAAAGGAGUUGGAAUCAAAAAACACAGCAUUAGAUGGUCUGAAUGCCGAUUUAUCUUCGUCACAUGUUGAGUUGGACGAGUCUAGGAAAAAGCUCGAUGCUCUUCUGAAGGAAUACAAUGAGUUCAAGUCGUCUUCUGAGAAGAAGGCAGCUCUAGAGGCCGAGCUUCUAAGUGAAAAAGAAGAAGCUCUUGAACAACUUGAGGGCAAGCUGAAGGUUGCUUUGGAUGAUGUGAGCAAUAAACAAGUGCUGAUCUCUGAUUUGAAGAAUGAAACGGAGAGUUUAAAAGAGCGUCUGAACAGUGAGCAGAAAAUCAUAAAGAAUCUUGAAGAAGAACUCAAAAUUGCCCAGGAAACUCUGGAGAUAUCGAGAGAUGAAGCAUCUGGCCUAGAAAAGCAGUUGCAUGAGUCGAGGCACUUGUUUUCGGAGCUUGAGGCGAAGCUCUUCAAGGUUGAGACAGAGUUGAGUGAAACUAGAUAUUCACUACAGAGGGAUGUUGAUGAGGCAAAACAAGGUGCUGAAACGUUAGCCGGAGAGUUGAAGUCAGCUAGGGAGCUCCUAGCUGAAUCAGAGAACAAGCUUCAAACAGUCUCCAAUGAGCUGGCCUCCGCAGUGCAAAAAUGUGACAGCUUAAAUAAAGAACUCGCAGCUGCCAAUGAGAAAGCUGAAACUGCGGUUUCUAAUCUGAAAGAAGAAAAGAAUGUUGUGUCCUCAUUGAAAAUGGAGUUGAAGGAUUUGGAGAGGCAAGUUUCCAAAGAGAAUGAAGCACGGAAAAGUCUCGAGAGGGAUCUCGAAGCAUCUGCUAAAUCACUUGAUGACAUAAAACAAGAAUCAUCACUGCUGUCAAGAGAUUUGGAGCUUUCUAAUUCUCGGGUUUCAAGCCUUGAGAAUGAAAAGGACGCGCUUGUCAAGUCCCUUGACGAGCAAAGGCAGGUGGCUCAAGAGGCUCGAGAGAACGUGGAAGACGCCCAAAACCUGGUUGUGAGGCUUGGGAAGGAGAAGGAGAAUUUAGAGAGCAGAAGCAAGAAGCUAGAAGAGGAACUAGCUUCUGCCAAGGGAGAGAUACUACGGCUAAGGAGUGAAAUCAGUGCAUCAAAAACUCAGGUAAAUGAUCAAGAACUCGUAGUGGGAAGUAACUCGACUCAGCAAAAAGUCAGCUCAUCAGAAACUCCAGUGAAAGAUCAAGAAGUCGAAGUGGGGAGCGACUUGACUGUAAGCAAUAACAGCUCGUCACAAACUCCAGUGAGUGAUCAAGAAGUUGAAGUGGCGAGCGAAGCUGCUGCUCCCACAAAGAAAAGUACUCGAAGGAAGAAAGUGAGCUCGAGGAAAGUAAAUUCGUAGUUAACUAUAUGCUUCUAAAUUCGCAGGUUUGCUUCGACAUUCAUCAUUAUUUGAGAUUGGAGGGUUGUGUUUGAUCGUGCUCAAGCUGCAUACUUGGUUGAUUUUAGGGAGUGUAUGAUGAUUGAUGGGAAGAGAGGAUACAUAAUGAUGUUGUUCAUUUGUAUUAUUUGUAUGUAAAGAGUAGUCUGGUUAUGGUAAUUUUGAGGCACGCUGAAUAUACAGCUCAUCAUAUCCUGCUUA